CCUGCCUUAGAUGUAUGUAGCAAUUUACCUUUUGAACGCCAGUGCCACGCUGAGUCUCUCUCUCCUUCUUCUUUUCUUCUUCCUUCCCCGAUUUUUCAAUUUAGGUACAAUUCUCAUCUUGCACGUAAUCCGAGUACCUACUUUUCUCUCUUCCUCUCUCACGACUAUCCAUCUUCAUCUUUUUUUCACAAAUACACACACACGCACAACUACACCACGCCAACAUCGUACUCCCCAACCACAUCACCUUUUUUAUUAUUUCCCCCCCUUCUUCCUGCACACUGCAACGCCAUUUGUUAAUGCCAGCUGAGGCAACAAUACUUGGUACUUGAUUACCUCGCCUACUUUCUCAGCAACUUUUUUUUUUAUGAUAAUUCAUCCAUUCAUUGCAUACGUAAGUACUACCGCAACUGCAAACUGUAACUGCUAGGUUACUAGUGUCCUUCUCAACCACAAGUGUUCAUUUUUUUUCUUCCCCUCUCUCCCUUUCUUUCAUCUCCAAUCUUUCCAAUCUUCCAAACCUUACCUUCCUACCACAACCGCCCAAAACUUCCACUUUUACAACUUCAAUCAUUCGCCAACUUUGAGAACACUCGUUUUCUUCAACCCAGACACCAACUUUUAGUUUUUUUUUUUUUUUUUUUUUUUUUUUUUUCUCCAAACUGACUUCGUUCCCCAAAGAACAGCCAAACUUUCCCUUCUUA